AUGAAUAACCAGGACUACCAGAUGAACAACCAGGACUACCAGAUGAAUAACCAGCAGAUGAAUUACCGGCAGAUGAUUUACCAGCAGAUUUGCCAGCAGAUUUACCAGCAGAUGAAUCCCGAGUACUACGGGAUCAAUGAGCAAUGGUCCGAAGCUUAUAGCGGGGUCGUGCCUGUUAACCACGACGGCCAAAACAUUGAUGGGGAGAGCGAGAUUACCCAGAACCAACUCGACGAGGUGUUCUCCGACCUAACUUCUUCGAUGCCACAAGGUUCGGAAAGCACUGUCACCUCUGAUGUCGUCCAAGGCGCCGGAGUAUUCGACAAUGCAGCUCACCAGGCCGGGGGCAUGGACGCCAGCAACAGCGGUGAAAAUUACAUCCAACCGCACAUGCUACAUUUGAAUGGCUCUGCUCCUCUCCCCGCUCCUGUCCCUGUCCCUUCUGCGCCCUUCUUCGCGCCCGAAGUUCCCGCCGCCGGCAACCUAUUCGCUCAGGAGUUCGACGAAGAUGCCGGCGACGACAACGUCGUUGGGGACGUCCUCGGCCCGAACAAUCAGGACGCAAGAGUCCAGAAAAGAGGCAAGGGCAAGGGCAAAGCCAAAGCCAAAGCCCCGCGCAAGGCAAAGGAGGCCACGCCAGACAAGCCCGCUCGCGCCGUCAGGGCCUUCUCCUGCAAGUCGUGCCGCAGGAAGAAGACAAAGUGCGACGGGAGCCCCGGCACCGCCUGUUCCAAGUGCCAAAAGAGCGGAACGGCGUGCGAGAUUGACGGGAGAGAUGGCCGCACCAACAAGACCACCAUCGACAAGUACGAGAGCCUUCGCGUUGCCCUCAACGCCCAUCUCGUCAGGCUCGCGCAGAUCUGCCACCACUUCUGUCAGAAGCGUUACGGGCCCGAAGAACGUAGCGAACUCGCGGGCGGAGCCGUUGCAACUCUUGAAAGGCACCGCUUUAAGGGCAUCCCGAUCGAGCCCUGGCGAAUUCAGGACAUCCUGCGUCCAAGUGAUCCUUCGACGUACCAGCUUCCGGGGUACCGAAGUCGCUUGGUACAAGUCGGUCAGCAGGCCAAGCAAAUGACGAUCACCCUGGCUAAGCUCAUAGAGAUGCUCACGCAAAAAGACAUGGAGCUGCUCACGCAAGAAGACAUAGAGACGCUUACGCAAAAAGACAUAGAGAUGCUCACGCAACAAGACGACGGCCGCUGGCGUGCAGGCUGCCGCUUGACCGCCGAACUAUUCGACAGCAACCCGGAAUUCCCCAGUUUCGACGCCAAGAUCAACGCUGUGUUCUUCACAGACAUGCAAAACUACAUCUACGGGAUCCUGGCAAAUGAGGUCGAUGAGAUCAUUGCCCGACACCUUUAA